AUGGGGAAAGGCCGGGCACCGUGCUGCGCCAAGGUGGGGCUGAACAAGGGCUCAUGGACGCCGGAGGAGGACAUGCGCCUCAUCGCCUACAUUCACAAGUAUGGCCACCCCAACUGGCGAGCCCUGCCCAAGCAAGCAGGUUUGCUCCGGUGCGGGAAGAGCUGCCGGCUCCGGUGGAUCAACUACCUACGGCCCGACCUGAAGCGCGGCAACUUCACGGCCGAGGAGGAGGAGACUCUCAUCAAGCUGCACAACAAGCUCGGCAACAAGUGGUCAAAGAUCGCGGCGAGCCUGCCGGGGAGGACGGACAACGAGAUCAAGAACGUCUGGAACACGCACCUCAAGAAGCGGGUGGCGGCGAGCGCCGGCGAGCAGAAGAAGACGGGCGGGGCCAAGAGCAAGAAGAAGACCACCCGCGUCGACGCGCCGGUGAAGUCAGCCUCGCCGUCUUCCUCCACGACCACGGCGACGACCGGCUCCUCUAGCGGCGACUCCGGCGAAAAGAGCAACACGACCAAGGAAGAACCAGAGGUCGACAAGAUCGAGAUCCCAGUGGUCGACCUCGGCUUCGACUUCGACAUGCUGCUGGACACCGUCCCCGAGACGCACUGCCCGUCCGUUUCAGCGCCGACCUCGCCCUGCUCGUCCGCGUCCCCGCCGUGCGUGGUGGACGACGACGGGCUGCUCGAUCUGCCGGAGAUCGACAUCGUGCCGGAGCUCUGGAGCAUCAUGGACGGCGUCGACGACGGCACCGGCGCGUGCACGGAAACAGAACAGGCACCAUGUAUCAAUGCGGCGCCAUGCCCCGGCAAUGGAACAGAGGCGAGCGCCGCAACGACCGACGACGGACAAGAGUGGUGGUUGGAGGACCUGGAGCGAGAGCUGGGCCUAUGGGGGCCCAUCGAGGACUACCAGUACCAAACGAACCCACAGGCCCAGUCGGGUCUCGUGGGCCCGCCCUCUGCCAGCGUGGACGACCCAGUGUCGUGCUACUUCGAAGCUGGCCACGAAGCCUCUGCUGCAGCUCUCACGGAUAUCCAGAUGGAUUUGUGAGACCACCAUUACCCAUUCGAUCCUUAGUAUAGUCAUGCUACUACUGAUGCUAGAACAAAUACACGCAAAAAUGUAUAAGUGCAUACGUGUAUGAAGACUACAGAAACUAUAGUUAGGCUAGGUGCACAUACAACAUAAGAAGAAUCAUUGGGGGGAGGGUGUGUUGGCCAAACUGGUGCAAUACAAAGUUACAAAACGAGUCAAGAUUUAU